AUGUCAGAGCCCAGUCCUGCUAAUCCAGCCUCAGCAAAGCGACCAAGACCGGUGAUCUCCUGCCUGGAGUGCCGACGGAAAAAGCUGCGUUGUUCUCGUUCGCAUCCCUGCCAGCAAUGUGUCAAGAUCGGACGGCCCGGCAGAUGCGUAUACCAGGCCGGUCAAGAACCCGAGCCAAAUACUGAGUACUCAGCGAUUUUAAGAGUACCGAGCAAGCGGCAGCGCUUGAAUCCGCCUGCUGUCAUUGAUGGAGGUGAAAACGCCCUGGCGCCAAACGGUGCGUCCUACCAAGGGCCACCUCUGGCGCGCCAUGGUAUCAUUGAGGAUCUCCAGGACAGGGUGUCCAGGCUAGAGCAGGCAUUGCUGGCUCAAAACGCCGGUCGCAAUGGCGAGCCCCUUGUUACUCGAAGUCCGCCAAUCCAUCCUUCUACAGACGAUGUUGUUUACUCUGAAACGUUCUCGAACACGCCCGCACAGAUGAGUUCGCAGUUCAGCGAUGCGUGUGCAUUCAUGGUCAAGCUGCGGGAUGAUUUAAAUACUCCUGAGAUGAUUGCACUGCGAAGAAGGUUGAAAGACUUGCACUAUUCUGUCGAGAAGAAUCAUAUUGCACAAGAUACCCAGCUGCCGUCGGCUUCCUCGAUCAGUCAGACUCCUCUACAGCUGCCGCCAUUGGAUGUGUGCGAAAAGCUAGCGAUCCUCUAUUUCGACAACAUGGAACACUGUUUUCGAAUCUUGCAUUUCCCCGAGUUCAGACAUCAACUGCGCAUCUACUUUUCAGAGGGCGAGCACGCUUGCAGGUUCGGUUUUGUUCAGCAGCUGGUCGGUGUCCUGGCCGUCGCCGUCAUGCUCGGUACCCAUGGAGAAUGCGAAGCAGCUCGGUCAUGCUUGGCCAUCAAGCCGGACGACGCCAUGCACUUCAUGAAGAACUUCCUCCGAGACCUGCGGCACACCGAGAGAUACCGCUUACCAGCUCUGCAAGUCAAGAUGCUUCUGCUCAUUUGCAGCUGGCUGAACUUGGAUCCGAUGGACGAUCUGUUCCGACUGAAUGGCGAGCUCCUUCGCGAUGCCUUGUUCAUGAAGAUGGACCAAGACCCUGCGACCCUGCCGGGGAUCAGCGUGUUCGAAGGAGAACUGCGGCGGCGCAACUGGAUGACUAUUGUUGAAUGCGACCUCAUGCUGUCAAUUCUGUGCAAGAUGCCAUGCCUGGUUCCCGGGUACACUUCCAAGCCGCCCCGAAACGUCAAUGACGACGAAAUAUUCGAUGGCAUAGAGACCCUGCCUCAAUCGCGACCCACGAGUGAUUGGACUGACGGCCUGUGCCAAUACCUCCUCGCCCAGUCCUUUCCCCGCCGGGUCGCAGCCUGCAAGCAAAUCGACGAUGCGGCGGCCCAUAUCAAGACCGACGACGUCCUCCAGCACACGCGGUACCUGGAAAAAGUGCUCCAAGACCUCCCUCCGCCACUCCGCUUCAACUAUACCGGUGACGCCGCGAGCAAGACUCCGCCCCGAUUGAUGGCCCGGAUGGAGCUCGACAUCAGCAUCCGACGACCCCUGGUCCAUCUGUAUUCGCGUUGCAUUCUUUCACCGCCCGACACGCGGGAGGGGGAGGAGCUCGAACGGGAAGUGAGGGCGGGUUACCUACAGAGCUGUCUCAUGCUCGCCAACUACCAAGAUCUCUUCGACCCGCAAUACUCGGAGCUCAAUGUGCCCCGACCGCAAGGGUACUGGGACUUCUUCUACACUUGCUACCGACAGGAACUGGGCCACGCCAUCUUGGGGCUCUGUCUCGAGAUCAAGAAGCUCAGCCCCGCCGCGGCCGCCGCUCGGGCCAGUACUGACGCGUCCUGCUCCCAGCCAACAAUGUCGCCGCCGGGUGGGCCUAACGACGGCAUCGUCAGAACACCCACAUAUACCCAAAGCAGUCUGAUAUAUGCAGCCAAGGAUACGUUGGAGCCAAUGACCCGUCGUCUGCCAUACCGCGGGUCCAAGGUCAAGGACAUAAUCUACUACAACAUCAUCCUAACAUCUCUGCUCCCACCACAACGUCCGGAACAGAGCAAGGAAGGGCUGAUCUUGCAAAGACUCCACGAGCUAGUGCGUGAAUGCGAAGCAGCGCUGGAGCGAGCGAACGUCGAGUUGAUUGCCGCUCCUCCGGCAGACGAGCGGUCGACCGCUGAGCAGCCUCUGGCCGACUACUCCACGUCCUACCAGAUUGGUACCAGUUUCGAUCCCGUGUGGGAGAGUUUCCCAAGGAUCGAUGUUUUUGAAUACUUUGAUUUGCAUCAGUGGUUUGACAGUGCAAGUACCUGA